CGACACGGCGAUAUCAGCCUCCGCCGGUCCCUAUUAAGAACGAGAGCCAAGCUGCCAUAGGAGCUUUGCAAUCGACAAGAAGCAUCGCGCGCAAGCCUUUACCUGAGGCUCCGUCCCCGUGGAUGCUCCAACGAUCCCAAACGGACCCCACUCAGCCUCCUCUCAUUGCAGGGGGCAAUGGUGCUGCUGCACCCUCCGAUCCCGUGCCCAUCAACGAUUAUGCGGGACCACGGAGGACACGGCCAAAUCCAUCGGCCAACUAUGCAGAAAGGAGGCGUUCCCGGUCGAUGGAUGGGCUUAUGGGCAUGCAUUCGGAAGUCGCAAGAAGCGGCCAGGCCAAUCUCAGCUCCAGCGAGCUCAGACGGGAAGACUCGUUUGAGCGGACGGGCCCUGCAAGCUCGAUCCCCGCGCAGAGAUAUACGGCAUGGAAUCCGGCGGCAUCUGCCUCCUUCCAGCGAAGCAGGAGCAGUCUGACACCGGAGCAAAUGGCGCAAAUGGGAGCACAGAGGGCUCACCAAGCGCACCACGCCGCGCGUGAACAGUCGCCGGCGCAAGAGAACGCUGCUCGCAGCCGGUCCACAGGCAGGCGCAGGCUGUUGAAAGAACGGCCGCUCUCUCGCAACCUGUCGAGUCCGGACGGCGAGCGGCGCUAUGCAUCCAGGACCCCGCCGGCGCAACUGCAGGCGAGAGCCGCCCCGCCCGCCGCGUAUGCGCAAAACGCUCCGCCGUAUUAUUAUCAGCAGCAGGCGUAUGGAUCGAGUUGGCAGCAGCAGCAACAGCAGCAACAGCAACAGCAACAAUAUGGGAGUUGAUGAGCCAAGAAAUGGAUGUAGCGAUAUGAGAUAAGCACCAAAUACAAGUCAUAGAAGCAAGCGAGCGUACAUGUAGAUAAAAGUGGAACGAGGCACGGGAAAAGGGGUUGUGCUCGUUUCUGCUCAGAUUGUCCCAUAUGCCUUUUCACAUUGAGGAUUCUUAAGUCAAGUCGGAUCUAAGGCACUACUUCCCAAUCUUGGGAGGAGUCGUUGGCCCUGUGUGAGGAACUGCUGGCGCAUCGUCGCCGUAGCCGUCUAUCUCGAGCCAGGCAAAUGGGUCCGGCAUGGAUAAUAUGCGUGAAAGUGGGUAGAGUCGUAAUGCCUCUCGACAUCCCUCU